AUGAGUUCCACAAACCCCGUUGCCUCAAUCACCAACAACUCUGGUUCCUCUGUGGACAUUUACGAUGUCUUCAACCCUAGCACCGACCCCAAGGUGCAGGGGCCGUUGACAUACACCAAGCUGGCCACUGUCUCAAGCGGCAGCACCCAGCAGGUGCAGACCAUUCACUUUGCCAGCCAGCUUCAGGCCAUGUUCACCGGCAACGUCACAGCACUAAGCGGUACCUUCUACCAGCAGUUCCCCGUAGCUGUUCUGGCAGUCUCCCCUUUCGCUGAUUCAAACGCCUUUACUGUUACCAGCGACAAUCAGCAGAGCAUGGUGGACUCAUUCAAGUUCAUCAAGUACACCCAGGCGAACCCAUCUUCGCAACUGGCUACGCAGUUCCGUACAGCUCUGGGUGACACGACUAACCAGAAAAUUGCGGUCAACAAGUUCUUCCAGGGCACUGGUAGCUUCAAACUGUGCACGCUCACUACCUGGACUGCGGUCUUCACCUGGCAAGCUCAGUUCACGAACCCAUGGCAGGGAACCUACUACCUCUACAGCCUUGAUAAGGUCCCGGCUUUGGUAGCAACGCUGGCCAUUACCGCUAGUGCUGAUAACAGCUCGGCUGUGCUUACUAUGGCUGGUACAAACGGCGAGAACACUUCGGUGGUGAUGGCUGGUGAUAGUACCAUGUCGGAGCAGAACCAAGGUACUGGCAACUUGUCUGUUGCGCUGACCCCCACCUGGCUUAAUGUAGCCCAGACCAGUCAGCAGGACGGCAAGACUGUGUCCAACUAUGUUAUUGGAGCUGCGUUCACGGGUACUAUCAAUGGUCAGAAGGUGGCUGGUAACCUCAAUCAGCUGGCCAUCCCAGACCCCUCUGAUAGCUGCAAGAACGCCAGCAACAAGAACUCGGCCAAUGCCUUCUCUAUGAACAGUCUCGAGGGCUUGGUAGGUAUGUUGACCAGCAUCGGUAUGCUGUACUAUAUGGCCAAGGGCCAUAAGGAGGCCGAGACUCAAAAGAAGAAUGAUGUGCAGAAGGACGCCACCAGCAAGAAGGACGCGAAAGAUAAGGAAGCUGAGGUCACUGAGAAGUAUCAGGCCGAGUCAGUGCCAGAGGUGCAAGCACAGGCGGAGAAGGUCGAGCCCACCGUGCCUCAGGUGCAGAGUGGCUACAAGGAGGUCAACCAAGCCCAAGACAUCCAAGGCAAGACAGACACCAUCCGCCAACAGGAACAAUCUUUGAACGAAGUCUUGGAAGGCGGUGCUCCAUCCGAGGCGACAGAGGCUACAGCCCUCAACCUCUCCACGGCCAGCAAAGAAGUUGCUUCGGCAACGGACCCAAGCAAGAGCCCUGAGGAGCGUGACGCAUUUCUGAAGGAUGCCACGACGACCCUGAACAAGACGAGUGAGGAGAUCCAGACCGCGUUGAAGGAAGAGGGUGGAAAUCUUUCGCAGGAGGAGGCGCAGAAGCUGGAGGAUGCUAGUAAGGCGAUUGAUGAGACGCAGAAGGAGGCUGAGGCUGAGAAGGAGGUUCAGGAGGAGCAGGAGCAGGAGAAUGAGGAUAGUCCGGAUAAUGAGGUGGAUGAUACUGAUUUUGACCCGCCUGAGGGACGAGAGGCACCUCCUUUUGAGGGGGGGAUCUAG